ACUCUGUAAGUCAACCUUGUGUAUUAAUCUGUAGUUAAACAGUGCUUUCAUGGAAGUUAACGUUGUGUGUGCUAAAAGCGUAGUUAAACAGUGUUUUCAGUUUAACGGUAUUACUCUGGAAGUCAACUUUGUGUGCUUAAGCGUAAGUUAACAGUGUUACUCUGGAAGUAAACUUUGUGUGCUAAAACGUAAUUUAACAGUGUUACUCUGGAAGUCAACUUUGUGUGCUAAAAACGUAAUUUAACAGUGUUAUUCUGGAAGUCAACUUUGUGUGCUAAAUCUUAGUUUAAAUAAAUUAUACAUCAUCCGGCUAUAUACAACUAUCAAUGGAUCAAAAUCAAAUACUUAUUCUAGUUCUAGCUGCCACGGCAGCGCUUGUUACAUACAAGCUCACUAAUUUUAACAACCCCCAGGAUGUAAAAAAUGCGAUUCCUAUCUACAACACUGGAUAUAAAAAGACUCCAAGAAGGGGAGAUAAUUCUGUGAACACUGGAGACGUCUGGAUGAGAGCAGCAACAUCUCCCAAUUCAAGUAUUGAGGUUUCAGAUAAUCUUCAGAGAAUUUUAGAGAAAAAAUAUUCCAGAUUUCGGUAUUGUCAUAUAUGUGAGGAGAUUAUUCAAUUGAUCAACAUCCACAUCAAGAGCAAUUCUACAUUCCAGUAUUUUCGAGCACCUGCAGUAGUUCUGUGUAAUAGAGUUUCGCCGCUAGCUGGAUUUGAUCAUUCUAUAUGUAAUGGAAUUAUAGAUACAUACGGCCCACCGCUUUUAUAUGUGGCCGAUCAACUCGUAUUAGACCCGCACACAACUUGUAAAAAAAUGAGUUUCUGCGUUCCUAAAUUAAUUACAAAUCAACAAUCGUCCAAGUUUCACAGUUUUACACAAGACGAACCACAAAUUGAAAUAGUUGACCCCAUGUCACCGAAAAUGACGUCAACCAAGCCAUCAGAGAGAGAUAAACCUACGGAGACUUUAAGGGUUCUACAGAUUUCUGACAUUCAUGUAGACAAAUUUUAUAAACCGGGUUCCCCGUCAAAUUGUGAUAUUUUUCUUUGCUGUCACGAAGAUGUCAAUGGAACGGAGCCAGCUGGUUACUAUGGUGAAUAUAACUGUGAUUUACCCUGGUGGACCGUAGACGUUCUAGUAGACUCGAUCAAACAGAUAGAACCACCACCAGAUUUUAUCAUCUAUACAGGUGAUUCCCCACCACAUGACGUAUGGAAGCAGAAUUGGAAAGGUCAGUUGGCAACUGAUAGAGAUGUUAUUGAUUUUCUCAACGAUAGAUUUGAUGGUAUCAAUAUAUAUCCUACAUUAGGUAACCAUGAAUCAUUUCCGGCCAAUCUCUAUUACUCACCAUUACGAGAUUAUCAAAAACUGAACAAAAGAAGCUUACAUCUAUGGAAGAAACUAUUUCCCUUACCAAAAGAUCAGAAGACUAACAUCAAAGAAGCCGCCUAUUAUACCGCCUUGGUUAAACCAGGUCUUAGGAUCCUUAGUUUUAAUACAAAUUACGGGUACACGUUUAAUUUUUACGCUCUACUGAACUGGAAGAACCCAACUCUAGAUGCCCAGCGAAGAUUUAUGAAAAAGACUUUGACAAAGGCAAAGAUUAACGGUGAAAAGGUUAUUAUAAUUGGUCAUAUACCACCUGGUGAUGUACCUAAUACUUUUGAUGAAUAUGGUCAAUUCUAUACUCAACUGGUUACCAAUUACAGUGACAUUAUCGUUCUUCAGUUAUUUGGUCAUACCCACCGUGACCAGUAUGAAAUGAUUUUACCAGAUCCAACGGAAUCCAUCACGUCAGGUGUUGCUUUUAUAGCGCCAUCUGUAACAACUUUUAUGGGUCAAAAUCCAGCUUAUAGAAUAUAUCAUCUUGAUCCAGUAACUUUUGUACCUGUAGACUACGACCAAUAUUACCUGAAUAUAACAAAAGCUAACGCGGAUCAUAAUCCCGUAGUGGAGAAGUUAUACAGUGCUAAAGAAGAAUACCAAUUGAAAGAUCUCAGUCCGCAAUCAUUCCUAGAACUAUCCAAACGAUUUAAAUCCAACGAAACUUUAGUUCAACGUUACCUAAGAAAUAUGUACGCCGGAAGUGAUGCAAUGGGCGACUGUGAUAUUGGAUGUAAGCAUAUAACAAUUUGUGAGACUUUGUCAUCCAGUCUUACAGCGUGGUUAACAUGUGUUUCAAGUCUUAAUAUAUGAUAUGAUAUUAAUUUUAACAAGAUCUGCCAGGCAGAUAUGAAAGCUUUCAUAUUCACGGUCACUUCCUGUCACAUGUCAUGGGUUAUAUAAAGAAUCACAAUAAGAAAAGAUAAUCAUUAAAAUCAGUCAAAAACUAGCGAAGUUCAUGCGAUUUUUCACCCGUAAACAUCUUUGUCGGCACAAAAAACGUCAAAGGCAAAAUUCGAAAUUAUGACAUUUUAAAAUACCAAAAAUUUGACCCUGAUCCCGGCUAUUGGUAAUAGCAGACGUAUUCUUCAGACUACGGCCUAUUGUGUUCAUUUUCACGUCCGUUAACGUGGAUUCUUCUCUUUUUCAUAAUCAUUUCAAAAUGGUGACCAUAAAUUGACCGAAAUCAAAAUUCGGCUCUGAACGUUUUUUAGGCAUUCCUUCAAGGAUUCAGAAAAUAUAACUCCCAUGUCUGUAAGUAGAAUAUCGCUAAAGCCUUAGGGAUUUUUCACGUUUCAAGAUGGUGGCACUUCCGGUUCGAUUGAUAGACUUCAAAUUUUGUGUACUCAUCAAUAAUGUCUUAGCUAGUACAGAGAAAAAAAUCAAGUCAAUCUGACCUAUAUUAGUAAGAUCUACUUACAUUACAAAGUUCAUGAAAAUUCUGCAAAUAUUAAAGAAGUUGUCAAGUUGGUCUCAACUUCCGGGAUGAAAUCACAGCGACGAAUUUUCGAAAUUCAAAAAUCUGAAAUUGUAGAUGAAAAUGAAGUUUGUCAAGGUAUUUAAAGAAAAAAGAAUUAGUAAAAUAGGUCAAAAAUCCACAAAGUUACGAAUAUGCAUCGUCAGUUUUUUCGUUCGUACAUUUCAGUGAUUUCGAAUUCGUAAAACGUUUGGAAAAUAUAUUUAUGCAAAAGCCAUCACACAAAUGGGUGUGUGUGUG